CCGCCCGGGCUCGCCUGCCCGCCGCCGCCGCCGCCGCCGCCGCGAUGAUUCCGGUGUCGCUGCUGGUCGUGGUGGUGGGCGGCUGGACUGUCGUCUACCUGGCCGACUUGGUUCUGAAGUCAUCUGUGUAUUUUAAGAAUUCUUACGAAGACUGGCUGGAAAACAACGGAUUGAGCAUCUCCCCUUUUCACAUAAGAUGGCAGACUGCUGUUUUCAAUCGUGCCUUUUACAGCUGGGGCCGGAGGAAGGCACGCGUGCUUUACCAAUGGUUCAAUUUUGGAAUGGUGUUUGGCGUGAUUGCCAUGUUCAGCUCUUUUUUCCUCCUGGGAAAAACGCUGAUGCAGACUUUAGCACAAAUGAUGAAUGACUCUCCCUCUUCAUCCUCUUCCUCCUCCUUUUCCUCUUCCUCUUCCUCUUCUUCCUCCUCUUCCUCCUCUUCCUCUUUCUCAUCUUCUUCAUUUAACAAUGAGCAAGUGCUACAAGUUGUGGUUCCUGGUAUAAAUUUACCUGUCAACCAACUGACCUAUUUCUUUGCUGCAGUCCUCAUUAGCGGUGUUGUACAUGAAAUCGGACAUGGAAUAGCAGCUAUUAGGGAACAAGUUCGCUUUAAUGGCUUUGGAAUUUUUCUCUUCAUCAUUUAUCCGGGAGCAUUCGUUGAUCUAUUCACCACUCAUUUGCAACUUAUAUCACCAGUCCAGCAACUAAGGAUAUUUUGUGCAGGUAUCUGGCAUAAUUUUGUCCUUGCACUCCUGGGUAUUUUAGCUCUUGUUCUCCUCCCUGUAAUUCUCCUGCCAUUUUACUACACUGGAGUCGGGGUGCUUAUCACUGAAGUGGCUGAGGACUCGCCUGCCGUUGGACCUAGAGGCCUUUUUGUGGGAGACCUUGUCACCCAUCUACAGGAUUGUCCCGUUACUAAUGUACAAGACUGGAAUGAGUGUCUAGAUACCAUCGCCUAUGAGCCCCAAAUUGGUUACUGUAUAAGCGCAUCAACUUUACAGCAGUUAAGUUUCCCAGUUAGAGCGUACAAGCGACUAGAUGGUUCAACUGAGUGCUGUAACAAUCACAGUCUCACCGAUGUGUGCUUUUCCUACAGAAAUAAUUUCAAUAAGCGUUUGCAUACAUGUCUACCUGCCCGGAAAGCAAUUGAAGCCACCCAAGUCUGUCGAACCAAUAGAGAUUGUCAGAAAGCCUCAAGUUUCUGUAUAAUACCAUCUUUGGAAACUCAUACUCGCUUAAUAAAAGUGAAGCACCCACCUCAUAUAGAUAUGUUAUAUGUAGGACAUCCACUGCACCUUCACUACACAGUGAGCAUCACCAGUUUUGUCCCACGUUUCAACUUCCUAAGCAUAGAUCUUCCAGUGGUUGUGGAGACAUUUGUCAAGUACCUGAUAUCCCUCUCUGGAGCUCUGGCUAUUGUUAAUGCAGUGCCCUGCUUUGCUUUGGAUGGACAGUGGAUUUUAAACUCAUUCCUGGAUGCUACCCUUACCUCAGUGAUUGGAGAUAAUGAUCUCAAAGAUCUGAUAGGAUUUUUCAUUUUGCUUGGUGGCAGUAUACUUUUAGCUGCCAACGUCACCUUGGGACUCUGGAUGGUGACGGCACGAUAAAUUAAUGGAGUUCUGUACAAAGAAUCAAACGAUGUCAAACAUAGGAACAACGUCAGAAGUAGGACCUGCCAUAUCAUGAGACUGACUUUGCUCCACAGAGCUGCCUCUUUGCUAAUGUAACUCGAUCCCCUCCGCAAGCAGCCUCAGCCUUGACAUUCAGAGCCAGUUGCUGCCAAGGACGCUGCCUGUGAACUCAGGCCUUCAGGGUUGACCCUCAGAACUGAGCCGGGUCUUCUGGUGCAUCACAGGACCGUCUGCAAUCCUGCUUUUCGUUCUCCACAGCUCUGCGAAGCGUCGAGUCUUCCAGGGUAGACAUUUUCUCUUGUGCUGCUACAGCCAUCCGGGGCCUAGCUCCUGGUUCCUGUUUCCAAGAAGCAAUUGCCUGAAGCCCUCACCGCGCUUCUGGGCGUUGGGUUACGAAACACCUAGUCCUUGCUUCCCGGCUUUCCCCUAAGCUACCUCUGUGGCUCCACAAGAAGGAUGGUUACACAUGUGUGCGAACGUGAAUUUGCCAAGCCGGGGAACUUCCUCUGGGUGUGAAAGAACCCUUUCUACUUCCAGGUCUUUUAGACCAAAGCUGCCAUGCUGGGAGGUCUGGGAAGUGAGCAGGCCAACAGCCACGGGCUGACCAGCGCGCCCAGCUUGGCUCGGAGAUGUGCCACGGUCAUCUCUGUAAGGCUAUUCUUCAGUUGCUCUUUCGACACUAAAACGUUCCCCAUCUUUUCUGGGGGAACUCGAGAGUAAACUACAAAUCUGCCUGCCUUCUUAAAUAUGAAUUACACAAUGACUAGAAUGUUAACAUUUUAUUAAUGAUGCUAGGUCAUCAGAGGUGACCACUACUGCAAACAUACACGUCAUUUCCUGGAAAAUAAAAAAGGUAUUUGUUCUCUUCUUAAUCGUUCAGGAUCAAAGUAUAUUUAGCAUAGGAAUGCUGACAUCUGCUCAGGUAGUCUGGGGAAUGCCAUGAAAUACUCAUAAUUAAGUCAAUGACAUGCGCUCAGCAGUUUACUAAUGAAAAUGUUGUGUAUAUACAGGUCAGUUGUGUGUUUUUUUAACAGAAAAAAAUUUUAAUAGAGGAAACAUAUCAUUAACUACUUUUCUGGAUGAAACCAUAAACAACAAAUCACCUCAUUUUCCUGUUGCUGAUAAGUACCUUGGUUUGUCUCCAUAGAGCUAGGAUUUGGGGACCACUCUAUUAGGAUAUUGAGCACAUCAGUCUCAUUUGUAUAGAAAUGGCCUCACUGUGGAAGGAAGGAAGCAGUAUGUGUUGUCUCUCAGCUUCUUUGUGAGCACUUCUAGAGCAAGGACUGUCCUACUCACCUUUGCAUCCCUGGCCCAGUGCAUGAGACAUUCUGCUUAAUAAAUGUGGUUGAAUGAAUGAUGAUUAGUGUUAUUUAUGGACUAGACAAGCAUGUUUCUAUUUAAGUAAACUGUAAAAAAGUACUGAGUAUUUACUGUAAAUAUAUGUUAACAUAAAGAAAUAACUUGGAAAGUCUUUGUGUCCCCGGUAUAUUCCCAUCUUUAAGAAAUCAUUUGUAUUUCUACAGAGCGAUAAGAAACAUGAAUUAUCUUGAGGACCUAAAAGAGGAGUGUUUUCUGUGUUGUUACUUUGUUCAAGAGUAAAACUGUAUUCUCAGUGUUCCUAUUCUGCAUUGUUUACAUUUUUGAGGCUUUUGAAAAAUCAUCAGCAAUCUGUAAAGAAUGUGUAUAUUAUUUUCAGCAUCUGUUUGAAAAGACGUGCAGUUAAACUUGACUUUUUGAUCAUUGCUCUUAUAGGUCAUUGUUCUAACAGUCUAACAGUAAAUUGUAAACAUGUGCUUCAUGGCUAUGUGGCUGUCAGUCAUCAUUUGUCUUAUGGUAUUUAUUGAAUGUCCACAUACUAAUGGUGCACGGGUAUUUUUUUUUCUAUAAAUCUUGUAUCUGUGUUGUGAUUCAUUCUUAAGCUUUAGAUUGGAAAUACCAUAGUGGCUGGUAUUUGAUGUUUAGCAAUAAAAUAAUAAAUGUGGA